AUGUCACAGGUAUCUGUCGACCACUUCCUUCAGCUCUUGUCCGCAAAGAAUACUGGCCUUAUCUUUAAUAAUAAUUAUAAGGAAGACCCAUCUAAAAUAACCGAAGCACCAAUUAGUUUCACCAAAAACAUUCCAAAGACUACAUUAUUUGCAGUGGGUGCCUCUAAACCAGAAACUUUCACUUUGAAAUUCAAGUCUAUUAAACCUCCAUAUAAAUUUUCUACUGAAUUCACCAGUGAUUCCACAAAUACCAUUUACCAGAUCAAGGAACAAUUAAUUGCCAAGAUCAAAACCCAAGAUGAAAAACUCAGUGGGUUAGUUACAUCUCAAUUAAAAUUUAUGGUGAAAUCAAAGGUUCCAAAUGACUCUGUUCAAUUGAAGGAUAUUGAUGGUGUCAAAAAUGCCGAAAUAUCUUUUAUGGUUAUGGUUGGUAAGGCGCCAGUUAAGCCAGAAGAACCUAGCACUGUUGUUCCUAUUACAUCAUCUACAUCUACUCCAUUAAAUCAACAAUCAGCAGGCUUGGAAUUGACUGAAAAAUCAUGGAGUAAUAUAUAUAAAGUUCUUGCUGAAGAAUUGGGCGAGCAAAACGCACAGCUUGCUGUCGAAAAAUUGAAAAAGGGAUGGAAUUCUAUAUAA